AUGAGUCCCCCUCCGCAAGGCGAGGCCCCCUCCGCAAGGCGAGGCCCCCUCCGCAAGAUGAGUCCCCCUCCGCAAGGUGAGCCAGCAGUAGCCAGAGAGAAUAACUGUCUGAACGCGGCGAAGGCGUGCAACCUGAACGACACGUGUAAGAAGUACCGCUCGGCCUACAUCAGCCCGUGCACCAGCAGGGUGUCGAGCGCCGAGGUCUGCAACAAGAGGAAGUGCCACAAGGCGCUGCGGCAGUUCUUCGAUAAGGUUCCUCCGAAGCACAGUUAUGGGAUGCUGUACUGCUCGUGUCCGGUGAGCGAUCAGUCUGCCUGCUCUGAGCGCCGGCGGCAGACCAUCGUGCCCGUCUGCUCCUACGAAGAGAAGCAGAAACCAAACUGUCUGGAGCUGCAGGCGUCCUGCAAGACCAACUACAUCUGCAGGUGUAAUGCCAUCCAGGCGUUUGGGAACGGGACAGAUGUUGGCGUUUGGCAGCCGAUGUCCCCGGUGCAGACGACCACCCCCCCCAACCAGAGGAAGAGCCAACGCAACCCCAACACCCUCGACAACGCCAUCAACACAGACCCCAUCUACCACUUCUGUGGCAGCCUGCAGGCUCAGAAAUUGAAGUCAAACUCAACAGUCGACGGAGUUUUCUGUGUGGACCCUCAGAUUGAUAAUCCCAGCACAUCCAACGCCAUCCUGAGGAAUUCUGCAGUCUCCAGACGGGACGCUGCCUCUCUGCUGCCCCCCCUGGUGACUCUGUGGUACUGCAGCCUGCGGGCGAUAUCCUCACAUCACGUCUUGUAGCCUCGACGCUUCACAGCAAACACAACGGACUGACAAACACACAUUUGUAUAAAAGAAAAAGCAACAUUAUAUCCUUUCUUCUCAGUAAAAAACCUGUUGUAAUAUGAUUUCCCCUCUGGAUUCUAUCUCUCAUUUGAUUCCUAUGUUUUUUUAAAUGAAUUUUGUUGUUUUUUUUGCAUUGCAGCUGUGUGCUAAAGCGGUGAUCUGUAUUCGUUCAGUUUGGCUGUGUUAGGUUAGUUGAAAAUAAAAGGGAUUUAAGGCUUACGCUUAAUACUCGAGGACUACAUUCCAAUAAACCACAGCUGGUAACUUUGGAAAGGAACACACAUGUCAUUUAGCGUUGAUUUUCAGAGUCAGUUUUCACCCUCGUCUGUUUGUGUGUUGAGGCUAUAGGUGGGAUCUUUCGCUCAAAAGUCACAGUCAGUUCAGUAACGGCUAUAUUUGAUCACUUGGGCAGCUUUUAGGUGUUAUUCAGUCUCCUCUGUGGUUUGUGUUUGUUUUGAUAAUGACGUGAUCUGGUGUUUUACAUUUUUACGAACGAUUCCACGUGGAUAUUUACCGGAGAAAAACUACAUUUUAAGGUGAACACCGAUAACUAUCUGCGCCCAAACCGUGUUUACGGUAGCUCAUACUGAACACACAUUGCCGAUGGCUAAAAGCACACAAGGCAAAGACCCACGAACACACACUGCACAUGUUCACACACUCAGACAAAAUCACACGGAAACACACACACAGCACUAGGCUUUCUACUCAAGUUUUGUUUUACACCAGUUUCUUUGCCAACAUAGUGAUUCUCAGAGGUCAGAACGCUGCUGUGGAUAUCUGAAUCCACUCAUUAGUGAUUGUACAUAACUUGUAAUUGUUAGAAGUCCAAGCCAUGUUCAGUGUUGCUCUAUUGAAGGUGCCAGAGAACCUGCUGCAGUUUCACCGAAAUGAGUUUUUCUUUUUAUGUUGAUGUACUUUGCUGCACUGCGUCCACGAAAACAAGAGCUGAGGGAAAAAAAUAGGCUUAUUGUUGUCGAGUAUAUUCAACGGUGACUCACACCUCCAUCCCACUCAACGCUUACUUUACUGUCAGUUCAGUGUUACGACUUAUUGACUCACUUGUGAAACUGUCAUCACGUGUGUUGGGGAGGAAGCAAUCACAUGAUAUUGAACAUUUGCUAAACCCCAACCUUACUUACUUUACUGUCAUUGCAACUGCUGGCUUUUGUAUUCCAGUUACAUGUAUGCCUAUAAAAAUAAACUAUGGCAGAAUUGGUAGUACAUUCAGGAAAAAGCAAACUUCCUUCUCCAGGAUGACUGGUUUUAAAAUAUGAACUCUGAAUAAAGGUUUAUUGUACGCAUAACUUGUAACGCCACCAUAAAAUGUAGUUAGCUAUGAUCUGCUCCUUGGCUUUGGUUGUACUGUAGCUAGAAUGCUAAUUGUUCGGCAAGGUGUGCUAGCACUAGCCAUCAGUAGCUAGCAGCUACAAAGUUAUUCCUUGGACUUUUGCUUCUAUUUUUGUUAUUCUGGAAGAGUAUGCAUAACUUGUGACGCCACCAUAAAAUGUAGUUAGCUAUGAUCUAAUCCUUGGCUUUGGAAGUAACACUAGCCUAUGGUACUGUAGCUAGAAUGCAAAUAUUUGUAGCUAGGUGUGCUAACACUAGCUAGCAGUAGGUAGCAACUACCUACUCAUUCCUUGGACUUUGGCCUCAUUUUUUGUUAUUCUGGAAGAGUUUAAAAGUACCUUUAAAGCUCUAAGAUAGACAUUCUGGCUCAUUUUAGUCUUUUUGAACUACAAAGCUGUAAGUAAUUGGUACAUUUCGUUCAUAAAAUAAAUGUCUGGUAGAGAGGUUCAGCAAACGGUCAAUUCUGUGUUAUAAAAGAAACUGCAGCAAACAAGUGACUCAUGUACUGUGUGUAAAUCGUUAAAGCAUUUUCUACAUUUGUUCCUGCUUACUGCUGGGAAAAUGAAAAAGACACAGCGUCGCAAUCACGUCUAAUUCUCACAUGUCGACUUAUUCAUGUUUGUAUUGGAUGCAUCUGUUUUUUUAAUUCUCCCCCCAACACGUGAUCAACUCGUUUACAUACAUCACUGUGGCAUGUUGCAGGUUAAUUUAACCAUUGGGACACUGACAGCAACAUUUACAACACGCUGCUUGGGUUUAUGUAGCUUCCUCAAAACAUCAUUGAUGUAUAGUAUAACUUAAUGUGAUUUACCGAGCAUAAACAUGGUAUAUGCACUGUAUGGCUGAAACUAUAAAUUGGACAAGUAAAUGUCUGAUGAUAUUCUACUCCAGAGCAUUGUGAGCUAUUUUGAAAUCCAGAUAGAGUACAUUGAAAAAACCCGAAACUUGUUUUUUAACAACUUAUGUGUAUAUUUCUCCCAGUAUGUACUAUGGAAUAUUAUUGCAUCUGAGAAAGAGGAUAUCAAUGUAACUCUCCUUAUGUAGUUAUAAACAACUGUAUUUCCUAAACGUAUUUCUUUUGUACCAUAGCCCCAUUUAUGAUGUUGCUUAAAAAUAGAAGUAGUUUUUUCUUGUUUUGGCUAAGAUUUAAACUUAUUUUUAUAUCUUUUACUUAUUUUUUGCUGUUUUUUCGAUGAGAUGAAGUGGAGUGAGGCGGACCGGGCACAGAUGGUUUAUAUUUAAAACUUUUAUAAAACUGUUUAUUGCUGUUAACCCUGAUUAUUUUGGUUUUACUGCUAAAAUAACUAUGUUGACAAUAACAAGAAGUUGAGUUGUCAUUGCAUGGUGAUUGAGAAGGAAAUAAAUCAAUGUUUAAAGACAAAUAUAUUCUAUACCAUACCAUUGAAGGCUUUUUUAUGGUAUAUUUGACCAGAGGUGGGCGACUGAAGAUUGAAUGUGUGGAAGGAAAGUUAUAGAGAAAUGUUAUGAGUUGCUUCACGACAAAAAUUACAUUUCUCAGAACUGUGUCUUACAGUAUGCUCAUUAUUUUGUAUUUGAAUCCCAGUGUCAUAUCUUCAUUGGCCCUAGAAAAUGAAGGUAUUGUUUAUAUAUGUGGCUCAGAAGGCACAUCCUCCUGAUGUAAGGGUGCCACUUUUGGACAAAAAUGUUAAGGUGUUAAAUAUGUUUGCUGUCCAUCUCAAUCCCAAUCUGUUGUUUCAAAAUACCAACAAAAUAAAAUGGUGUUUUGGAGAUGCGGACUCCCUCAGCUACCUGGCAUCAUUAACUUCUUAGCUUGUGAAAAUGUAAAAUCUAUUGUACAAAAGUUACGAUUAAAAACUGUUAAAUCAC